AUCGGAUGCGACGUAUAUUGUUGUUAGCUGUCCUGCUGCUACUAGAGAGGAUUGAGGUGGAUUAUUUGUCUAUACAUUUAGUACCCGGCCAUUUCUCCUUGGUGAUCUAAAUGGCGAACAAUGAUUUCUUGCUUCAAUUUCAAGAAUUUGAUGAGGAUGGAACCCUCCCUGGUAAUACCAAGGAUUCUACAUCUGUGGACAUGGAUGGCAUGGUGAAAUCUCAAAAGCAAAACAAAACCACAGGAUCUACUCCUUUUGGGGUGGAGAAUGAUGAACUUGACACAGAUGAUGACAAAGCAGAGCUGCUUUCCAGCGCAAAGUCUAAAAAUGCACCAUUCUGGACAUUUGAAUACUACCAAACAUUUUUUGAUGUGGACACACAAGAGGUGAAGGAGAGAAUAUUUGGAUCAGUACUGCCAUGGCGGGGGAAAAACUUUGUCCGUCUACACAUACGCAGUAAUCCUGAUCUUUAUGGACCCUUUUGGAUUUGUGCUACCCUUGUGUUUGCCAUUGCCAUAAGUGGUAACAUAUCCACCUUUCUGAAGCACCAUGGUAAUCCACAGUAUAAAUAUGUACCUGAGUUUCGUAAAGUUACCAUGGCAGCCACAGCAAUCUAUACCUAUGCCUGGCUUGUUCCAUUGGCCCUCUGGGGUUUUCUCACAUGGCGAAACAGCAAAGUGGUGAACUCUGUGACCUACACCUUUCUGGAGAUCGUCUGUGUCUACGGUUAUUCUCUGUCUAUCUACAUACCAGCUGUGGUGCUGUGGAUCAUACCAAACGAAGGGGUCAGGUGGUUUUCCAUUGUUGCGGCUCUCUGUCUCUCUGGAUCAGUUCUAGUGAUGACCUUUUGGCCUGCCAUUCGAGAUGACCACCACCGAGUCGCCAUUGCAAUUAUCGUGACUAUUGUGGCUCUACACGUCCUCCUAGCAGUGGGUUGCAAGGCAUAUUUCUUUAGCACACGGGAGUAUGACAACACUUCCAUCUUGGGGCAGAAUGAAGAAAUCAAGACAAUCCCAACUAAGACAACUUAAAUGUCAAAUUCUGCUUGAGGUUCUCCAGUUGCCUUAUUACUAAGAAUCAGGUUGCCGUGGUGAUGAAGUCAUUGUCGUCUGGAUUUCAUGCAUACUCAGUGUCCUUGUUGAGCUUUGCCUGAACAGCCAUUAUUUGAGUGCUGGUAAGACUCUGCAUUUGAGUGGACAUGGCUAACAAAAGCACUACAUUCUCAACGGCAUUACUCACAGCCUGGUUAGUUGUUACUGAACAACCUGGGUUACAUCGGGAUGUGUAAUUUGUUGUGCACAGUUUGGUUUCAAAAUAUUUAUGUGAUUACUGAACUUGAUGGGUUCCUGGAGUAGGAUAUUCCAAUUCUGCCAUUCAUUCUUUUUAAAUAUGUAUAUUUUUAAUGGGUAGGCCACUGUAUUUAUACUGUGAGCCAAAGUAAAAACAAUUAAUCUAGAGAUUGGUUUAAAUUGCAGAUCAUUGUAAAUUAAAAAUAAGCAUGGGUUUGUAACUGGUUUGUCAUUGUUUGGGUGUUAUGGAUCAUAUCCAUAUCAUGGAAAACUUUAGAAGGUGAACUACUAAUGUUAAGCCAAAAUUAUAAAUGUGUCUGGGCGGGCAGUCUUUUCUCUGCCUCGAUACUUUCACAAUACAACAAUUAUAGUUGUAUAGUGUUUUUUUUUUUUUUUUUUUUUUUAAAAGGUCUUUACUUUUUAAAUCCCUAAUUUUGAAUAAAGAUUUAUUACCGUGUUACAAAGUUAA